UCAAAAUAUAAUCUAUGGAAAGGAGACGAGAAAGGUAUCAAAUAAUACUGUACAUUCAUGAAAGAUACUGGAGGGCCAGGUCUCUAAUUUACACAGUAAAAUAACAAUGUACUGGGGUAAAAGAUAUGUAAAGAAAUGCAGCAUAGAACCAUUGAAGAGUAGAGGUGCCAUAGGCACAAUCAGAGAACACUGAACAUCAGGGGGUGCAUGGCUGUUCAACACCCUCCCUGCAAGCAUUAUAAAUAUUAUCGGAAUGAAAGUAGAGAUAUUCAAGAGGCACUCGGACAGAUUCUUGCAAGAAGUACCGGACCAAUCAGCUUGUAGUGGAUAUGUGGGCCAGCGAGCCACUCUAAGCAACAACCUGUUGGACCAAGUUAUCACAAGUCAAGCUUGGCCUCAGACCGGGCUAGAUUCAACAUGGCUGGGGGUCGGAGCCUGUCUCUGUGAUUGUUGCUGCCGUGGCUGCUGAGAGACGAACCCAGCUGGCAGAAAGAGGAAACACAGGACACCACCUCCAUUGUCUGUGCUUCUACUCCACCAGGAUUGGCCUCUGCUGUCACCUUUUGCAUCUUCAUAUCUCCCUCCUGAUGUCUUCAUUCACUACUUGAUUGUGCCCCAAGCAGGUGGUGACAGUAGGAAUCCUCUUCCAUUGUCCAUGCAUCUGCACCUCUAGGAAUGACCUCUGUGGCUCCCUAUUCUACACCAAUGGUAAGAUAGCACCCUGGUUUUAUUAUCCUACCCAACAGCAACAAGUGUUUUAUCUCUAGUAGAUACCCCAAGUAACAAGAUAACUCCUAUAGUCAUCAGGAGAUAACCGUCACACAAACUACUUGUUUAUAAAGAAAAUGAAACAUCACCAGUGUCCAGAGUGUGGGAAAAGAUUUGGUGAACUUGGACACAUGAAAACUCACAUGUUAGUGCAUACUGGUGAAAAACCUCACGAGUGUCCAGAGUGUGGAAAAAGAUUCCGUCAUCUUGGAUCUAUUAAGAAUCACAUGCUGCUGCAUACAGAUGAUAAACCUCGUGAAUGUCCAGAAUGUGGGAAAAGGGUCAAACUUAGAUCUAUGAAGACUCACAUGUUGGUGCAUACAGAUGAUAAACCUCAUGAGUGUCCAGAGUGUGGAAAAAGAUUUCGUCAUCUUGGAUCUAUCAAGAAUCACAUGUCACUGCAUACGGGUGAUAAACCUCAUAAGUGUCCAGAGUGUGGGAAAAGAUUCAUUCAGCUUGGAGGUAUGAAGAGCCACAUGUUGGUGCAUGCAAGUGAUAAACCUCACAAGUGUUUAGAGUGUGGGAAAAGUUACAUUGAACUUAGAAAUUUGAAGACUCACAUGUUGAGGCAUACGGGUGAGAAACCGCAUGAGUGUCCAGAGUGUUGGAAGAGGUUCACACAUCUUGAAACUUUGAAGACUCAUAUGUUGGUGCAUACAGGUGAAAAACCUCAUAAGUGUUCAGUGUGUGGGAAAAGUUUUAGGCAUCGUUCAGCUGUGAAAGCUCACAUGUUAGUUCAUACGGGUGAAAAACCUCAUGAGUGUCCAGAGUGUGGGAAAAGAUUCAGGCUUCUUAAAACUAAGAAAACUCACAUGUUGGUGCAUACAGGUGAUAAACCUCAUGAGUGUCCAGAGUGUGGGAAAAGAUUCGGUAGUCUUCAAUAUGUAAAGAGUCACAUGUUGGUGCAUACAAAUUAUAAGCGUUUAGAGUGUGCUGAGUGUGGGAAAAGAUUUAGGCAUCGUAGUUAUAUGGUACGUCACAUAUUAGCACAUUCAAGUGAUAAUCCUCAUUAAGCCUGGAAUCUUGUCUUGUGGGAAAAAGUCAUAGUAAACAAAGUUUAAAAGGCACCAUAUGGUGUGUAUGUUAGAUAAAUCUUGAGUGCUAUUCAUUUAAUUAGUACAGUAUUAUAUCAGAUUAGCCCAUCCUCCUGUUUUGGUAGUAUAUAUAGUAACAAUGAGGACCAUAGUAUAUAUACCGACGUACAACAAAAUUAGAAAAUGGAAAUCUGAACUAUUGAGUUGGACAAACUGGAAAACUAUGUUUUUUAACACUUUCACGCACCUGGCGCGCCAGCCCUCCACUACCCCGGGUGGGCCUCAGCGUUUCACGGGAGCACGCGUUAAUUCUGAAAACUGUAUAGUCUUUUCAACUUUGUCACCUCAAUUCUCAUCCUAAGAUAUUAAAUUUGGUAUCAAUGUGUUUGCAAUAGAAUUCUCUAGAGCACCAAAUGCAUAUAAACUCCAAAAGCCUGGCUAAUUACCCGCAGCAGAGAAAGUGAGAAAGAGUUACCAAGGAGCGCGCAAAAGCGAUAAAAUGUGUUCACUCUUUUCACUCUGGUCACCUCAAUUUUCGUCAUAGGUCUUUCAUUUUGGUAUUAAUGGGUUCGCAAUAGAAUUCUCUAGAGGAAUAUUAGCAUAAAAAAUAAAAAACUGGGUCACGCUCCACCCGCGGACAAGUUGAAGACAGGCCACGCAUUAGCUGCAAGGGAGCGCCCAGACGCCUUCCUGCUACACUCCCAAUUCCUACUCACAAAUGUUUAGUAUUUUUUCCGGUUGCUAAUCUCAAUUUUUGUGUUACAGCGCUCAUUUAGGUAUGAAAUUGUUCCUAAUAGAAUGCUUUAGAUGGAUAUAUGCAUAUAAAGGCCAAUUGAAGAACAAUAUUGCCAGUACAAUACACGGAAGUAUGAAAAAAAAUACAAAAAACUACAACUUUUUGUACUUACCACUUCAGUGUUGUUUGUGGAGCAUGACAUGGGUUGAACAUUUGUUUUAUCCACUCCACCUGCUCUUGGAAAACGUUUCCUGCAGGGUCAACUCAUGUUUUGUAUAGGUGGAGUGGAUGGUGGGCAAGCAUUACUGCUUAUCAGCCCAGAAUUGUCUCUUUCGAUGGUAUUUGCUGUAGCAUGGUGCAGGACACAGUGGAACAUCACAUGUCUUGCACUUAUAGUGUGUGUCCCUCCUUUUACCCGACAUUCUGCACACAUGCGGCACCUCAGAUGCUUCUGUAUCUUUACUUAGGUAUGCGACAAGUUUCUGUUGAGGCAUUCUGGAUUAUCCACAAUACGGGGUUUUGUCCUUGCAGAAGCACCACUAGGGAUAAUCAGAGUCUCAUCUUCUGACUCAGACGAUGAAGGUAAAUCUGCAGGUACAGGUGAAGUGAAUAGUGGGCGCCUCACACCUGAAGGUCCUGCUGUUGAAGGUCCGGGUGUUGAUGGUCCGGGUGUUGCAACAUUGGUUCCAGUGGCAUUGACAUCAGCAGGAUGUGGGAUGUCAUCAUUUUCCUGAGGUCAGUUACUAGCCUUAAAGAACAGUAGUGCCGAAAUGACUUGGUCAUGGAAAUGGAGUAAUGUCAGUUUCCUUCUAUCUGUUGUGUAAUAUUUGUACAUCACAUAAGCAUUGUGGAUAGCCAUUUGCAUAAAAUAGAAGGUCAUUUUCUUCGUCCAUUUGUGACUUUUCCUUGUGAAGUGAUAAUAUUUGACCAUUUGGUCAAAGUGAUCAACACCUUUCAUGUUUGUAUUGUAGUCACAGAUUGCAUUUGGCCUGUUCACACUGAGGAUGUUCAUCACGAUUCCAUACUCGUUUUCUACGUUCAACUUGUUGCGUAUCUGCAUUGUGGCAAGUUGUUAUGAGUGAAACAACUGUUUAUCUUUCCACAAAAUUAUGAAAGUAUUGUCCUUGCGUUUGAAUAAAGUUUAAUCUACUGGCACUUUACCCUAUGCUUGCAUCUGAAGGGAUUUAGGUGCACCACGCUACAUUCUGAUGGUACCACAGGUGUAUACCCCUAAUUCAAGCAGCAAUUCACUCAACCGAACCGAGUUAUAAUAGUUGUCCAUAUAUAAAUGGUAACCUUGGUUCUUCAGUGGUUCAAUCAAGCCCAUUAUGGUUUCAUUCGUCGUUUUCCCAAUUCCUGAAUAUAUUUCAAAAUCACAAAUGUAGCCAGUCUUGGAUUCAGCUAGCAUGUAGAGCUUUAUUCCAUAUUUAUUAGGUUUAUUGGGAUUAUAGGUCUUGAAAGAUAGAUGGCCACACCAUGGCAUUGUCCCUUCAUCCAAACUCAAAUUUUUCUGGGGAAUGUAUAUUGUUUUGAAUCUAUUUACGAGAUAUUGCAUGACUGAGCGAAUUUUGAUAAGUCUGUCAACUUUUUGGCUUUGUGGUUUGGACUUAUUGUUAUAAAUAUGAAAAUACUUUGCAAUCAUUUCAAAUCGUUUACCAGUCAUAAAGGUGUUGAAACAAGGUAUGUGCCAGAAUCUGUUUGUUUGCCAAUACAUUCUAAGUCUUGGCAAUGGGCAAAUACCCAUCAAGAUCAUCAGUCCCAAAUAUCUGGCAAUGUCUUUCACUGUCACUGGUUCCCAUCUCUUGUUUGUCGUUUUCCCAGUACGUGCCUUAGUUUGAGAAGCAUACAAAUUAGUUUCAUAAGCAAUAUAUUUCAACACGCUUUGAGUGAGAAAUAGUUGAAUAAAACCAUAGCAGGGGUAGGUACAGGAACAGUCAAGCCUGGUGUACCUGUAAAAUUGUCCACAAAGGGUGGAGUAUUGUCACUACACCACCCUUCAUCAGAAUCUGUUGGUGGUGGGGUACGUGUGGUAAGUCUGGCUCUGGCACGAGCUCCAGUACCUCGCUGUGCACGAGUGGCAGUCUCAACCUCAGAAUCGUCACUUCCAUCACUACCAAAAUCCACCUCGGCCAUCUCUGUUUCUAUACAUUCACUACCUUCAUCAGUGUUGGUCUCAACAACACUUUCCUCACUAGAUAACUCUGACAAAUCGUCAAAUACAGUCUGAAACAUAGAGGGUGUUAGUCUGACUCGCUUGUAUUUCUCUUGUACACUACUUAGCUUCUCCUUUUCACGCCCUUCUUUCGCAAAUUUCUUCCUGGAAGGGCCUUGUUCAUGAUCACUAUCCAUCGUGGAGUAAGUGCAGAUGUUUCUAAAGCCGCAGUAAGAAAUAUAGCCACGGAAAAUAGCCGAAAUGUUCACACGUUUGAGACACGAGGGGAGGCGACACCGGUCACAAUAGUGGAGUGAAAACAAUGGCCCUACGGCGUGUACCGUGCCGCUUGGGGGCCAUGAGGCCUAACAAGGAAAACGGGAAGACGUUGGCGCGCAUUUUAAAACGGGUCCCCCCAAAUUGGAUAAAACCCAGAUUUUUGGCAAAUAUUUUAAUAAACGACGCAAUGCUGUGUCGUUACUGGGAUUACGUCUACUAAAAAAAACGACGCAAUGCUGUGUCGUUACCGAGCGAAAGUGUUAACUUGGGUUGCCUUGACACACUAAUCUAACCUAACCUUACCUUCCUAGGCCUAAUACACAAUAGUCGAGACCUAAUAUAGUACAUAUGUGUGCUAUAUUAGGUCUAGGAAUAUUUAAGUUUGUUUUUAGCUUAAUUUAUUUUAAAAGAAUUCCUUACUAGUCAGUAUAUUAGUAUCUAUAAGUACAUAUGAAUUCGUGACUAUUGAUGACUGUCACUAUAGAUACUACCUAAACAAGAGGAUGGGUUGAUAAGAUACAUAUCAGGAUAUCAACUUUCCACUAAUCCAGCAUAUUAUUUGGAGACGGUAAGCUUAAUCAUAAAACUACUGAGUUGUCCUAUGUGUCCCAUAAAGGUAACUUUGUAUUCAUAGCUUUAUGUAGAAUUAUGCUCUGCAGGACAUCAUUUUUUAUAAGUUAUAUUUCAAUAAUCUGUUCUUUAGUAAAUAUUAGAUGCAUGUCAUUAGGCUAUGGUAAUACAAAAUUUGAAAUUGUCGACUUGUAAUUAAGUAAUUAAUAGAAAUACAUGGAAUACAUUAAUACUGUACAUAAAUAGAAAUACACAUUUUAAGAUA